AGCUGCCUGAAUGCCUGAAUCGCAAACGUCUCCUAUUAGCCCUAUUUAGACAGUCACUGUGUAUCGAAGAUUUUCGAAUUUGUGUGAUUUUUUUGGAGAAAAAUAUCUGCGUACAUCGAUUGACUUACCAUGGUCUCCUUAAAUCCAGUGCGGAUCCUCAAAAAUGAGGCCGGAGAGGAGAAGGCAGAAAUUGCUAGAUUGAGCUCGUUUGUUGGAGUUAUAGCCAUUGGAGAUCUGGUCAAAUCUACGCUUGGUCCUAAAGGCAUGGACAAGAUACUUGUAUCUCAUGGUAGAUCUUCGGGACAAGUACAUGUUACUAAUGAUGGUGCUACUAUCCUCAAAAGUAUUGGCGUUGAUAAUCCUGCUGCCAAGAUUUUGGUAGAUAUGUCUCGUGUCCAAGAUGAUGAAGUGGGUGAUGGUACCACUUCAGUCACUGUUCUCGCUGCUGAACUUUUGCGAGAAGCCGAGAAGCUAAUCGAGAAUCAGAAGAUUCAUCCACAAACUAUCAUUAGUGGUUGGAGAAAUGCUACAAAUGUAGCAACUGAGGCUUUAAAAAAUGCAGCCACAGACAAUUCUGCAGAUCCUGAUCGAUUUCGAGAGGAUUUAUUAAAUAUUGCUCGUACAACAUUAAGUUCCAAGAUUUUAUCUCAGCACAAGCAGCACUUUAGCAAGCUUGCAGUUGAUGCAGUGUUGCGUCUUAAAGGAUCUGGUAAUUUGUCUGCGAUUCAAGUUAUAAAAAAACGUGGUGCAACACUUGCUGAUUCCUUCUUAGAUGAAGGAUUUUUAUUAGAUAAAAAACCGGGUGUUCACCAACCACAAAAAGUUUCUGACGCACGUAUACUUAUCGCUAAUACAUCUAUGGACACGGAUAAAAUCAAGGUAUUUGGCUCUAGAGUACGUGUAGAUUCAAUGGCGAAGAUAGCAGAAUUAGAAGCUGCGGAAAAAGAAAAAAUGAAGGAUAAGAUUGACAAAAUUUUGAAGCAUGGUUGCACCGUCUUUAUCAAUAGGCAAUUGAUAUACAAUUAUCCGGAACAAUUAUUUGCUGAUGCUGGAAUUAUGGCUAUCGAGCAUGCUGAUUUUGAUGGUAUCGAAAGACUUUCGCUCGUUACUGGUGGUGAGAUUGUUAGUACUUUUGACAAUCCCGAUUUAGUCAAAUUGGGAAAAUGCAAUCUUAUUGAACAGGUCAUGAUAGGAGAAGAUACACUCUUAAGAUUCUCUGGAGUUCCAUUGGGUGAAGCGUGCACCGUUGUUAUUCGUGGCGCAACGCAACAGAUCAUCGAUGAAGCCGAGAGAUCGCUGCAUGACGCGCUUUGCGUUUUAGCAGCUACGGUACGCGAGUCGAGAAUAGUUUACGGUGGUGGGUGCAGCGAGAUGAUUAUGGCUUGUGCUGUUAUGCGAGCGGCCGCGGCUACGCCAGGUAAAGAGGCUGUUGCGAUGGAAGCCUUUGCACGAGCGUUACAGCAACUGCCAACCAUUAUUGCCGAUAAUGCUGGCUAUGAUUCAGCACAAUUGGUUAGUGAGUUGAGAGCCGCGCAUAAUUCUGUGGGCAACACCAUGGGAUUAGAUAUGCAAAUGGGUAAAGUCGGAUGUAUGAAACGGUUAGGAAUCACCGAAUCUUGGGUAGUGAAGAGGCAAGUUCUCGUGAGUGCGGCUGAAGCAGCAGAAAUGAUACUUCGGGUGGACGAUAUUUUGCGCGCGGCUCCUAGAAAACGCGUGCAAGAUAGAGGACGUUGUUAAUUCAUUCAUUCAUU